AUGACUUCAAGGCAUCGGCAAACAAAGUUUUCCGUUUUGUGGAAUUCGAGGUUUCAGGUGUGGCCGCGAAUGGAAGAGGGAGCGCAACUCCAUUUUAAGAUUAUAUUUGCAUUAAAGAGACUGACACAAACACCACAGUUACCUCCUCCCAGUAUAGAUUUCAUUCCUCCUUCUCCAACUAUUGGCUUGGCCAACAUGCCUGUGGUUGAUUCGCCCUGGUUGCCUCACUUCAAAACAAAAGUUGAAGAAGUCACCAUAAAUCAGAAGGAAUCGAAAUCUUUGGUCACGGCUACAACGACGAGAAGAAAGCAGCAACAGCAGAUGAUUCAUCAGGCUCUCCUAGCGGAAGAAGACAAAAGGAGGAUUGCCCGGGAGAACUGCCUGAUGACUUCAGUUCCUGUAUGCCUGGCUGCAUCCAUUGAACCGGCACUUAUGCAUUCCAACGAGGAUCACGAAGAUGCUUUGCAAGAAGAAAUGUCGCUGGCGGUUGCAACGCGACGAAUGUCAGUGGCCGUGGUGAACAGGGCAUCGAACGUGAGAAACUUAUCAGGGCGACACGGCAGCGUGUUCUUCUGCAGACCCACCAUUGUUGACGACGAUGACAGGUCGGAUCACAUGCAUUCCAAUCAUGUGCACUUGGCUCAAUCUUUCUUUCCGUCCUCAAUAUGUCAGUCGACAGUUAACGUUGUUCAACUGCUCGAUGAUCUGGAAGUCAAUGUGGAUGGCGUUUCUGGUGUACACUACAUUGCACUUGCUAUGCAGAUUGGUUUCAUCAUGUUCCACGUCAGGUCCCCAUCGGAAGGAGGAAUAGACGUUAUCAGUGAGACAUUGUCCGUUGUUUGGCAGGUUGCCCCUUGCGUCACCGGGAUCUACUUUAAAGAUCUCAAACAAACGUUGAGAAAGGAACAGUGUGAUGCUAUGCUGCUGAUUGCAGCCAACGUUCCCAGUGCUAAAAAGUUAAUUGUCCAUGGGCCCGAUCUCAGCUGUAUACCAUCACAAUUCCUCAUUCAAGAGGACACCAAGUUUGAACACAUCUUGCAAGAAAGCUUAGAAUUCUUCAACAUUCCAGCAGAUGAACAUGAAGAAUUUUUUCUCGUUGAUACAAAAUCAAAUCACAUGCACAACUUAAACAGUUACGUGAGGGACUUUUAUUUUUUCCGUCGCAACUUCUACCCGCAGUUGAGUUUGGUUCGGAUGGACGCUCGCGAGGCCAAAAAAAAUCUACUGAAACAGACUUUUGUGUUGAAGUUUCUGGAGAUGGAGAAAGUACUGUUUGCCCUGUCGGUUCUCAACAGUUCGCAAGGCAUUCAGUUUCAAAGUCACGUGACGUACUUGCAUGAAGAGCUAAUAAAGUUGCCUUCCUUUCCCAGGAAGGCUCUUGAAACAGAAUUCAACGCUUACCAUGGAGAAAUGAAAGACGAGAUAAUGAGCAUGGACAUGCUACACAAGUUUGCAUGGACGAAGCUAGUAUCGACGAUGUUUCGCGGCAUGUCAAGCACCAUCACCCAUGUUGGAGACCUUCCGCUCUUCCUCAACGUAAUCAAUGGAGUCCUCAUUCUUCAUGCCGAGGAUUCUUUUCUCUUCAGAUACUGUAUAGCAACGUACAUCAACGUCUGUAAACAUUUCAAGCAAGUUUUUGCCUCAACCGGUUUCUCGUUUAUAAUGCCUUCAAUAAUGAAAGUCUAUUCGAGCAACCAUACGAACGACAUCACCAUGUUUGGAUCGGUUUCAGGUGCGUUAGAUUUGUGGCCUCACAAGAAGCUUAAUGAACAAAGUCUCGAUCCAAGGUUUUUUUAUUGGUUACUUGUGUCGUUAAAUAACGAUCUCCCAGACAACCUACACGUCCUUGAACUUUUAGACGACCAUGACCCCAUCCAGUCAUUGGACUUUUGUUACAAAGAUGACUCAAACUCGUUUACCAUAUUAGAUGCCAUAAAUUUGUGCGUCACCAUCAUAGCUCAUUCUCCUGAAUCUCUGCGUGCCACACAAAUGCUUGUUAUAUUAGAAACGAUUCUUCCUCAUUUUCUGGCCGAAGCGAUCCACGACCACCGCUUCCACUACGAGCACCAGUGGUCCACCCUUUCGCCCCCUGCCCCCCACGACCCGGGCUCCAUCAAUCACGAAAUUUCCAUUAUUAACAGCGUUGCAAUUUCUAUGAGGGUCCUCAUUUCAAGCUGUGAAAGUCUAAGCAGGGGUUUCAAUAAAUCGCAGUUUGAACCAGCCAACAAACCUUUCCAGGGCCACAACAAUCAAUCGCCCAAGCCAAAGAAACACAAAGAAGCUGUUAAUGAUUUCAAAUGUACAGCUUCAGACGAAACUUGUUUGGGUCAAUUUGGAGAUUUCGUUAAGCCUCGCAACUCACUGUUGAGUGUGGCAUCUGACUUUUACGACCACUGCAGUAUCAGAAUGAAGGAGUUGCACUCUAAGGACUCUUCCCUUAAACUGCCCGAACUCCUGGACCACAAGUCGCAUAUUAGAUUAGCUGAUGUCUGUCAUUCGCUGAUGAAGGUGAGCACACACGACCCAUCUACAAUCAACUCUCUCGGAUUGCAAAAGUACAUGAAAAUGAUCCUGCCUAACACAGAUUGGUCGCAAACGAAUAUUCGACCUGCGCUGAACCUCAUCCUUCGAAGGGUUGAGAGGUUCCUCAACAAAAUUCAUAACAAGUCCAUAUUCAUAUCAAACGUAACUUGGAAAGCAGUGACCAAUCUUGUCAACGUUAUCAACUUGACAUUGUGCAACUGCUCCUACAUUGGUCACUUGCCACAGAUGAAGGUCUUGGUGUAUACGUGUAUGCACAUUAUCAUGGGUGACGACUCGCCAUCCAUCACAGGGAGCUCAUUCAGCAUUCCUCACCACGCUGAGUCCAUUGCAAGUACUUCCUUUAAAUCUCUCAGUCCAACAGAAUUCAAUGAGGCCGCCAUUAAACUGGCCAUCAGGAUGCUCUACGUUCUUCAGGACACAUUUAGCAUGGAGUUGUUGUGUGAAGCAUCCACUAAUAUGUUUUCAUCAGCCGAAAGACUCAUGAAUGGAAUCAUCAACAUUGUCUUCCCGAUGUCACUCCAACUAUCGAACCAGAGAUAUUACACUGGCCUCGACUCAGAUUCUCAUUUUCAGCAACACAUACCUUGCAUGAAAACAAUGAGUCAGGGCAAAACUCGCAUGCUACAUUUUCCAGCUACGAAACCCAAUGCUGUAAAGUUCACAGACCAGUUAAGAACCCGGAAUCCGAACGUUUUGUUCUUUUUGCAUGUAUCCUGGCAAAUCUCUAUCCUCCUUCCCGGCUACUAUCAGCCUUUCUCAAACAGAGUGGGCGGAUGUGAUGCCAUGGCGGGAGGAAGCAGCAGAGGAUUCCUUGCUUAUUCAACUGGACCGUCCCUCCCUCCUGAGAACUCCAAUCGUGUUUUGUUUUUGGCGUUGAAAAUGUUGGUAAUAAAUUUUGAGAAGCAGUUAUCAGACGAGUGGCACAAGAUAUCCAAGGUCAUCGUGCAGAUGUCAAUCAACAGGAUGGGUGGUACGGAAUUGUGGACAUUCAUUGACUUCAUCACAUUCCAAAGAGGUCCGCUCUUUCUUUUCCUCCUUCCUCUCAUCCACCACCAGCUGUCCAAAGGUCUGCACGAGACAAGUCAUAAAUACCAACAAGUGGAAUCGGUGAAGAGGAAGUUGAUGAACUACCACGUGGCCGAUAAAAAGUCAGCAUAUAUUGUGUUGGAGAAUUUAUCCAAAGAGAUGAAUAAGCUGAAGGAUGAAGGAGGCAUUGUGCUUAAUACCAUUGAAAAUACAGAUAAAGAAGGAUUAGACUUUGAAAAGUUGGAGCCGUACGUUGCUCACUCAGAAACUUUAUUAAAAGAUGAUUCCAACGGCUCCAAAGUUGACAGUACUGUUUCCAACCAAAUUGGCGCCAAAAAAUCUAACAAAACUAACAGAUUUCCUAAAAGCAAGUUUGCUGAGGAGAUUAAUAUCGAAGAAGAAAAUGAAAAUGCUGAAAAUGAUUCCAAUGACUCCAACCAUAAAGUGACCGACGAUGAUGAAACUAAUAAGACUAACAAAUCUUUCCUCAACCAUCCUGCCUUCUUAUACAAAUCAAGAAAUGUCAUCAAACCCAGCGAUGGGAAUCUUAUCCUUUUUCAUUAUUUUAAAGAAAAAGAAAAGAUGGCUAAUAACGGAGAAAACGCAGAUCCACAACAGAGCAACUUGCUGGUAAACGGUGAUGCCGACAUGCACAGACUUCAGAGACAAGAUGCCAAAAGUCGAAAGACAUUUAAAAUCAAGAGACAUUGCAGCACCUUUAACAGAGCAGGCAACCUGAGUGGCAGCAUGUUAAGAAGUGCAACUGUGAAGGGGGUUGGAAACAGGCAAACAAAUUUUCAAAGUAAAAACGUUGAUGGCGUCAAGUCAACUCAGCUUGUUCAAAAAUCACAACCAAUUGAAUCUGCCAGUUCGGAUAAACAUUCUGAUGACGAAAAUGAUUUUAAUGGAAAUACCAGUUACACGAAAGACAGCCAACAAGAUCCCUGUCAAAAAUUAUCUUUUUUGUCUGCUCUAAAUGUUUCAAUUAAAGAAGAAUUAAUAAAAGAUAAUAAAGAAAAAAUAAAAAGCGGUGAGAUGAUGGGAAAAGCGGGUUCAGUUGACUUUGACAAACUGCACAAAAAGUCGGUAUACCGGAGUAGAUUUAUGCAAAAAUCAAAAUCGCAUGAAGAUGAUGCGCCGGUUGGCACGGCACGAGGUCGAAUUGCACGACACGGCGCCAAAGUCCAACUAGUUGCCAACAAACUUAUUGCUGAAAAAGACUCGUUGAUAGUCAGGAGUGAUUGUCGCGAGUCAGAGAAAGAUGAAAACACAUUUCUUUUGGAGUUGGUCAACAAACCUAUUAGCAAUGACGAUGAUGAGGAUGAUGAAAAUGAUAGCAGCGAUGUAAUUAAUAACGAUGAUGAUGAUCAUUUUGGUAAUGUUUGACAAAAACGGAUUGCCUGGACAUAAGUUCCAAUUCAACAAUUCAUCAAUUUUGUAUGAUAAGAACUCAUUACCUUAGAACAACUUCAAUAAACGUUUCAGAAAAUUUUUGUUGAGUUUAUAAAUUUAACGAAAUAAACUAUUAAAAAAUAUUUUAACUGUUUUAGUUUUUUGACAAUUAUUUCAAUAAUGAUUAUAAUUGGUGUUUGUAUUUACAAACAAAACAGCUUUGCACAAAAUUUGAACUUUGGCUGUUAAAAACUUUAUUGAAAAAUGAUUCGUGGAAGAAAAUGUUUGAAUUGAUAGCAUGGUGAUAAACUUGAUAAAAAUGUCUUUCUAAUAAAUUUGCUUUUCUCUAGCGUAACCCCAA